AUGUGGCACCUAAGUUGUAAGCGCAUUUACUUGAUUUACUGCUGGCCUUUUCGUUCCAGAGAAUUAUGUUAUAAGCUGAAAAAACAGAAGUUUCUGGCAUAUGCAGUAUUACAGGGUAGAAUAUUUUCAUCAAGUCCCAAGAAGUAUUCAUUUCAUCCUCAGCACAAGAAGGAUAACAUUCCAAAGGAUUAUAUUCUAAUAUAUGAAAACCGACUGAGGAAGAUUAUAGGUCCUGCCAGAGUGGUAUCAACCAUAACAGGCCUUGCUACGGCUGCUAUGUGCCUAGAGUAUAUCGUGAAUUUUCCAGAGACAAUGGAAGCGUGGAAUAUUUAUGUUGUGUCUGGGACAUGUGUGUUUUCUUUGUUCAUUGUUGUUUUUAUGAAUUUGAUGUUUCGGUAUUAUCUUCUGCGGAUAUAUGCCAGUGAAGACAGUCAGAGAUUUAUCGGAGUGUAUCAUGGGUUUUUUGGGAACCUAAAGCAAGUCAAAUAUUCAUCUUCAGAUCUCACAGCGAUUAGACACCCCACGUCUCAGUCACUUCAAGUUAAAUGCAAUGUUUACCUCAAUGGAAGGAUGUUUCAUUUGAGAGACAAGGACUUCGUUUUGCCUAAAUAUUUUAACAUGCAUUUAGGAUUAAAAUAA